UGGUGUUCCAAAUCUCAGAUUAUAUCCAGUUAGGAAUGCUUGGCUCCUCCCCUGGAUGUAGCAUCUCACAAUGGGUUGGUGGAAUUUUAUCAGUCACGCAGACUUCAGGGGGUUUUGUCAAUGGCCCAUUAACAGAAGAUAUUUUAAGAAUUGUAUAAUUAUCUUUAUUAUGAUGCAAGCGAGAGUAAGCAAGGUUCAGCGCUGGGCAGCCAGGAGUCCCUGCUCCUCUUAGGCACGUACCUUUCCCCCCUUUAAGUUCGCUUUUUAUUGUCCCUUUCUUCUGGAUUUCUGGAUGAUGUGGUCUGUCUCCUGCGCUUGCUCCUCUGGUUGCUAGGGGUUCUUUCUCUGCCUUCUGGUGGUUGUGGGAUGAAGGCCCCAAGUCUUCCUCUUUGGCUGCUUUCCUUAUAAGGCAUAUCUAUAAGUCGAAAUUCUACAAGCUAAGCAGUUCUUGCGAGGUUAAUAAUUGUUACCAUAUGUUGACGGUAUCUAGUUACAGAGGGUCUCCUAUACCUAUGGGGUGGAAUUUGCAAGCCAAGCAAUUCUAGCGAAGUUAAUAAUUGUUACCAGAUGUAGCUGUAUCUAAAUACAGAGGGUCUACUAUAACUAUGAGGGGGGUUUGUAAACAAAGCCAUUCUUACGAAGUUAAAGGUUUUACCAUAUGUGGCUCAUCAUAUCAAGAGCUGUUUAGCUGUUGUUUUAUAAUUUAAAUUAUCUAGCUAUUAAUGAACAAACGUAUUGCUACUUAUUACAUUUACUUCUGGAAAUGGGGCGUGAGAGGCCCGGUUUUUUUGCUGUGGGGUGUUUCAGCGCUCCAGGCCACUUCGUGAGGCGCUCCCAAGGCGGGCCGGGAUCAGGACUACAUCUCCCGUCAUCCUCCGCGCGCCGCCGCCAUCUCGGCACCGACCGUAGGGCCGGGCCGGCUUCCCCGCUCUCCCCGCUCCCCGCCGCUUUCCUCGGGCCCCGCCGCAGUCCCCGCUCCCUGCCAUGAGCUGGGACGGCGCUGGCGAGGAAGUCCGGCUCCUCCUGGACCUAUGCCUUCAGUGUUUGACAAAGAACCUUUCCAGAUACUCUGCAGAUAUUAAGUCAUUGCCACCCAAUAUAAAGGAUAAACUGAUCAAAUUAAUGAGUAGGCAAGGGCAAAUAACUGAUGAAAAUAUCAGUGAGGUGUUGCACCCUGCUGUGGAGUCUCUGGACCUCCGAGACUGUGAUAUUUCAGACAAUGCAUUAUUGCAGCUUUAUAACUGCAAGCAGCUGAAAAAAAUCAACUUAAAUUCUUGCAAGGAGAACAGAUUUGGAAUUACUUCAGAAGGAGUCAUAGCACUGGCCUUGUCCUGUCCCUACCUGCAUGAAGCCUCUUUCAAAAGGUGCUGUGAUAUAACUGACAGUGGAGUUCUGGCUCUUGCACUCAACUGCCAAUUCCUGCAAAUAGUCAACUUGGGCAGCUGCUCAGGCAUCAUGGAUGCAUCUCUGCAGGCACUGGGAGCAAACUGCAAAUUUCUUCACAGUGUGGACUUCUCAUCUACUCAGGUAACAGAUGAUGGCGUUGUAGCACUAGUGAGUGGAAGAUGUUCAAAGAAUUUAAAGGAGAUCCACAUGGAGCGCUGUGUGAAUCUGACGGACAUCGCUGUCGAAGCUGUCCUUACUUGUUGUCCCAAGAUACACAUUUUCCUGUUCCAUGGAUGCCCACUGAUAACAGAUCGGUCCCGAGAUGCUUUAGAGCAACUCAUCAUAUCAAACAAAAUCAAGCAACUAACAUGGACUGUUUACUGAUUAUUUAUCCUGUAUAGGCUUUAAGAAGAGGAGAUCCCUGUGCUCUUGUGCCUUGCCCCUGCCCAGUCUUAAGUCUGAAAGAAGUGGUAUUCAAGGAAGAAGCUAUCAAGAACCCAUUCAGAAGAGUACUCUGAGCUUAUCCAGUGAGAAACAACCAGUUAGUGGGACAGCCAGCGCUAAAAAUUGAUUGUGCAACCUUUUAACAUCUCUCUCCCUCUGCCCUCAAGAUACACACACAGCAAUCUACUCCCAUUUUGGGUUCUUCCACUGAAUCUUCAGAUUUUGCAGAAGACUCUGGCAUUGCAGGGCCUGUGGACAUAGCAGUGGUUAUCACUAGGUUGUUUGAAGAGACACCAUUAACUACCUUUUUUAUAAUGGUGAUGAAUCCUUACACAAAAGCAUUAUUUUAAAGGCAUUCCUCUCUCUCCUUAAGAUUUAUCAAUCUGCCAGCUCCAAAAUUGACAAAAAUAGAAAAAAAAUCCAAAACUGAUCUUAACCAGAGUAGUCCUAAUUCACUGCAUUUCAGCCAGUAUUUUAAAGGAUUGGUUAGUCUUAUGGUGCAAUAGUCUCAUGUGGAUGCUGUCAGUUGUAGAAGAAAGCAGACCUCCAUCCCUGUAGCCCACUCUGAGACACCAUAUAAACAUGCUCUAAGCUGUCUGAAGAGAGGAACUGAACCCAACACAUUUAAAUUAAUUUUUAAGAGGUGGACAAACAUUUGGACUGGAUGGCCUUGCCACACCACUCAAGGUGUGUAGCACACUUCACACAGGUAAUGAAUAAGGAAUGAAAGACUGGUGUGUAAGAGUUUAGAUUCAUUUAAGAAUCAAGAGCGUGGAGAGCCACGGUACUACAUUGAUAGGCAAAGGAAGAGCCUCUCAGCACUUUAUCACCAAACCUUCUCUUGCAGACCCUGGGCCUUUCCUACACUGAUCUUGAGAGUACACUCAGCAAGAAGGGGCCUGAAGGGAGAGGAAAUGUUUUCCAUCCUCCCUGCUUAGAUCUCCUUCAACUCAUCCAUUAGUAUUUCCAUAUGCUUUUUCCUUCCUCACC